UUAUUUAUUCAUUUUUAUUUUCUAAAGUUUAACACCCCCCCCCCAGAUGGUUAUUUUUUAGUUUGCACAGAUGUAGUAGUUGAUUUGUUACUAGAUUGAAUACAUAUAAAAAAUUUUUUCUGCUUACCUUUUCAAUUAAGUAAUUUCAAAUCAAGAGCUCACCUUACAUUUAGACACCCUGUAAGAUAUUUGGCUAGCUAGAGACAUUUGUGUUCAUGACACCACCCUCAGCUGCGAGGUCUGGCCUUCUCUAAGUCAUAAACAUAAUUGCAAGAUUUAGAAACAUCAGUUAUAAAUUUAUGGCUCUAAGCCAUGUUCUGAUAGUAAGAAGGUCUUUUUAAAUUAUUUUAAUUCCUGAAUUAUUUAUUGCAGCAGUAAUUUAGUAGUAAUUUUUAACUUGCUUUUAACUGGUUUCUUUUAAUCCAUUAGAGUUAAAUUCACCAACUCACCACUAGAGGUCUCCUCUUUCCAUACAGAAAGCAUUCCCAGAGGUAGCUUGAAUUCCUUAGAAAUUGCUAAAUUUAAUUAGCAAGUCACACUUGAGAAUGUAAAAACCUACCAAUUUAUUUUUUAUCUUUAUUGAUAAAUAAACAUUUGAUUUUCAUGUUUAUUUUAAUAUAAUAUCUAGUAUUUUUAGAAAUCAUAGCUGAAGUAGCAAAUUUGGCCUUUUCUUUAAGCUGAAUUAUAAGGUGGGCCACAAUAAGUCAAAGUGCAUCAGUUUUCAUGGACCACUCAAAUUUACCUGCUUAAUAACAGUUUCUCUGGUUUUUACCUUUCUCCAUGGAAAUAUAUCAAUCAUUAAAGACUACUAGCAAACAUUCAUUAAACUCUGGCAUUGUACUAGGUACUAAGCAAAAUGGAAAUGAAUAAGAUGUGAUCCUUGGUCUUCCUUUUGCUCUACAUACUUUUCUUUUUUCUGCCUAACUGGAAACUUUUAAUCAUCCUUUCAGGACCAUCCCAAAAGAAAACUCUUUUAGGCUCUGACAGAACGUGUUCAUACCUCUACUAAGACACUAUGUUGCAUGUUAUUUCUUUAUGUCUUCUGCCUUCAUUAGACUAUGCAUUCUAUGAGGACAGGAACCAUAUCUUUGUCUCUGUUGUUUUGUUUGGUUUUUCUAUCUUCCCAUUAUACCUCUUGAACUAGGUAUAGCAGACAUUCAAUAAAUAUUUAUUGAGUGAAUGAAUAGAUGGAUGGAUGAAGAUGGCAUUUGAAUAAGGUCUUGAAGUUGGCAAAAGAAACUGGGAAACUGAGACAGGAGUGACUUCUUCAAUAGAGAUUGAGAGGCAAAUCAAAUGAUGCUGUUUGGAAAAAUUUCCUGGCAGUUGUGUGGCUUAAGGAAACUCCCAUGGUCAUGUGACUCCAGAUACUUCUGGGGCUGGUUGAAUGCAGUGUUUAAUAAAGUAGAUCGUGAACGCAUCAAGGAAGUUGGCCCUGAAAGGGCAGCCUCCGAGUGGCUGCUUCGCUGUGGGGCCAUGGUACGCUAUCAUGGCCAGGAGAGGUGGCAGAAGGACUACAACAACCUCCCAACAGGCCCUCUGGACAAAUACAAGAUCCAGGCCAUCGAUGCCACUGACUCUUGUAUCAUGAACAUUGGAUUUGAUCACCUAGAGGGCCUACAGCAUGUUGAAAAAAUAAGGUUAUGCAAGUGUCAUUAUAUCGAGGAUGACUGUUUGGAGAGAAUUAGUCAACUUGAAAAUUUACAAAAAAGUUUGUUGGAAAUGGAAAUAAUUUCAUGUGGGAAUGUCACAGACAAAGGCAUCAUUGCUUUGCAAAAAUUAAGAAACCUCAGGUAUUUGUUGCUAAGUGAUCUUCCUGGAAUAAGAGAGAAAGAAAACCUUGUUAAAAUCUUUAAGGCAUUACUACCUUAUCUGGAACUAAAAUUAGACUUGAAGCAAAAUAAUAAUCAUCAAUAAGUGCCUUAUUCAAUAUAAAGUAUCAUUUAAAAUUGAUCCUAAACAGCAACGAAUAUUAUGUAAGCAUCAUUAGAACUAUAAGGAUGUCAUAUCAGGAUAUUUUAAAAGCAGAAAGUCCAUCAUGUAGAAAAUAAAUAUUCAGAUGAGACUCAUUAAAGUUACUAAACUGAAAUGAUGCAAACUAAGUAACAUUUUAAUUCUAAUUUACUCAUUUUAUAUAGAUAUUUAUAUAGAUAUCUCGAUGUAGAUACUGACUUAGAAUUCUUUAAAUACAUUUAAAUGUACAACACAGAUAUUCUUGAUUGUAUUUUAACAGUAAUUUAUGUUGCACUUUAAAGUUAUUGAAGCACGUUACUAUAAAUGUAUAAUUUUGAAAAACUGAAAGCUAAAUUUCAGAUUCAUUGAAGUCAAUUAUGCCAAGAAGUCAGUAGUUGUGGAGGCAUUCAUAUCGCUCUCAGGAUUUGCAUGCUUUUCUCAUAAUUCUGCAUUCCUGUGUUUUUCAUAAUUACACCCUUUCUCUGAAUGAGUAGUUUCUGGCUAACUUGUCAAUUUUCUAAGCUUAGUCUGGUAUUUUAUUAUAAGUAGACAUAAAUACUUGGCUGAAUUCAAAUAGUUCCUCUGAUUGCAUUAGAAUAGAGGAAACAAUCAUGAAGACCAGCACUUACUUUUUGCUUAAAUUAAAAAAUUGCUAUAAACAGAAAACUUUAACAUGUCAAUUAGAAAUGGAUUUUUAUUUCCCCAUAUACAGUGGAUACUAUUUCCUGUGAGCUCAAGGAUAUCAUAAAGACAAAAUUCAUUUUAUAUCUAGAAAACAGUGUUAAAGAUUAUUAUUAAGUAGAUAAAAAUAUAUCUUUAUUCUUACCUGCUUAAAGUGGCCCUGAUUCAGUUAUUGUUAGUUAUAUGCCAACUUGUUUGUGGAUUUCUGUACAUUUGGUUUGAAUAUAACUUUGCAAAUAAUGUCAAAAUAAACACUUUCUAUGAUACAGAAUUUUGGUAGAAAAAUGAAUUUUAAUUGUGUUCAGAAACUAGCUUAUAUAAAUAGCACAUACCAUAAAUGAUACACUAUUUACUAAUAUAAUUGCCACUGUCAUUUUAAAAAAUCAGAAAUUAGUACAUUUACAAAAAAGACAAGGAUAUAGAAUAGUUUCAUGUGAAACAGUGGUGAUUCCAUGUGAAGAAAGGAUUACAGAUAUGGUUAAACAUAAGCACGCAUUUAUAGAACUCAUAAACAAUAAGCACUCCUGUCUCAUUUGUUUGAUUACCGUAUGAUGAAGCAACUGAUUCACCACAGUUUAGGCUGGAGCUACUUUUCUAUUCUGAGUGGUUUUCUGUAAAACUAUUAGAUUAAUUAUGCAGUUACAGUCAUCUGCCUUGUCAAGUGCAUUGUUUUGUGUUAAGGAAAAGAAGAAAAACACCAAAUGUAAACUAGUCACAGAAGUUGGAUAUCCUCCUUUGUCCUUUGAAUCAAGGCUACAUAACAAGAAUUAGAUAAUACUGGGGUUAGUCAGCUUACUAUCAGCUCUACGCAAGAAGCUACAUACAUGAGGAAGACUAUGGAUAUCAUUAAAUUGGCUGGGCAGCCAAAAUGAUUGAACAUUGUCAGAAUUUGGUGGAUUACUUAGCUGUAAGUAAUAAGGUCAUAUGCUCUCAUGAAGAAAAUUAACAUAGCAGUAAACUGAGGGUGUAGAAGAAAUGUUUCGAAGAUACAGUCAAAUACAACGUUUAAAACCAUGGCUGAGAACUGCUAGGAAAUAGGAGCAUCACAUCAACCAAAAAUGGCUGAGUUAUAAGAAACAGAAUUUUAUAUUGCCCUUGUGUCCAGGUGACAAGGAUGAAAAGGCUGUUUGAAUAGGAGCAAUAGGCCAAAGCAGAGCUAAUUUUGUCAUUUUACCUAUCACUGUGCAAAGCUAGGAAUCCUUAGUAAUACAUU